AAACAUAAAAAACAAUAGUAAGAGUAAAACGUAAGAGAUUUUGCCAGAAAUAAUUUAUAACGUAUAUUUAAAUAAAACCAUAUAUUUAAAUAAACCAAUCGUACGAAAAAUAUUUUUAGUUCAUAUAUUUCGAGUAUUUAUUAUAUUCCUCUCAUAAAUGUUAAAUACAUUUUAACGCACUGGGGCUGCUAUCAAAACGUAGCCCCGCCUUUUCGUUCUGAUUGGUUCAGCCACAGAUGAACAGUAAGAUGAUUGGUCGCCGGGUCCCUUUGGGACGCUGUAAUCAUGAACGACGGACGGCAUCAAUGGGAAUCAGCCAUCAGCCACAUCAGGCGCAUUGCCAGCAUCAUCUGGACCGAUUGUGCUGUACGAAGCGCGACAUAAUUCUCCAUAUUUAGAUUAGAACCUAGGCGAAAAUCAUACAGCUUUAUUGUAAAUUAAAAUGUAACAAUGUAAUAUAAGAGAAUGUAUACAAAACUUGACAUUUUAGAGACCCACAGACGUAUUCCUAUUGCGGUUCAUCGCUGUCUGAGUUGAUAGUGGGGGUGAAGUGCUCAUCCUCCUCCUCCGCUGUCGCGCUUUGUAACGAAUUGUACAUUUCAGCUAUUAUCAUUCCCAUUCAAAGGAUAUAAUACCUGACGACGAUUUUACAAAUAGCUUGCAUCUCAUACGUCCAGACCGUGCAUGCUUUUUGCAUUGGGGUGUAAGGGUAUUUGACAUCUUGCAGAGAGUCAAAGCAAUGGGAGCUCUAAGCAGACAGGAGUUCUUCCAGGAACUGGGAUCCGGUUGCUUGCUUCCGACUGUCCAACAGGGUCUAGAACAAGUAUGGCAGCUGUUACUCAUCUGCCUAGUAUGUAGGCUGCUGUGGAGAUUGGGUCUGCCCUCUUUCUUGAAACACCUGAGUACGGUGGCAGGCGGUUUUUACACUCUCUACCUGUUUUUCGAGCUACACAUGGUUUGGGUGGUGCUUCUCAGCCUCCUUUGCUACCUCAUCCUCUUCCUGUGUCGUCAUUCAAGCAGCCGCGGACCUUUCCUGUCCAUCACUAUCCUCAUCUACCUUCUUCUGGGAGAGUUUCAUAUGAUGGAUACAACAACCUGGCAUAAAAUGAGAGGUUCCCAGAUGGUAGUGGCCAUGAAGGCAAUUUCUCUUGCCUUUGACUUGGACAAAGGCAUAGUGGAGAAAGUUCCCUCUCCAGUGGAGUUCAUGGGGUACAUUUACUUUGUGGGAACUGUCAUCUUUGGACCUUGGAUCAGUUUCAACAGCUAUAUGGAUGCGGUAGAGAGUCGAAAACUUAGUGUCUCCUGGUUUAUGAAGUCAGUCUUCAGCUGUGUGAAGAGCCAGCUCUGUCUAGUCAUUUCCAACUGUAUUGCACCCUAUCUCUUUCCCUAUUUCAUCCCAGUCUUUGGAGACAAGCUGCUCCGCAACAAGAAGCGAAAGAUGAGAGGCUCUAUUAAAAGGUGGCUACAGGCCUAUGAGAACACCUUGUCCUUCCAUUUCAGUAAUUACUUCGUAAGUUACCUUGGUGAAACGACAACCACACUGGCAGGUGCUGGUUUCACAGAGGAGAAGGACAACCUUAAGUGGGACAUGACAAUAGCAAAGCCGCUUAAUGUUGAGUUUCCCAGGUCUAUGGUUGAAGUGGUCACUUCCUGGAACCUGCCCAUGUCCCGCUGGCUCAACACCUAUGUGUUUAAGAAGGCUCUCAGAUAUGGGAGCUUCACAGCCAUUAUCUUGACAUAUACAGCGAGCGCUCUGCUACAUGGUCUAAGCUUCCACAUUGGGGCAAUAUUAUUAACACUAGGCUUUAUAACAUAUAUUGAACAUGUGCUUAGGAAAAGAUUGUCAGUCAUUUUAAAUGCAUGCGUCCUCUCCAAGAGAUGUCUAUCUGACUGCAAACACAGACAUAAAAAGGAAUUGUGGGUAUAUUUAAUUAAUGGGACGUUUAGCAUGUUGGCAGUGCUACAUGUAACAUACCUGGGCUCUAUUUUUGGCUCCAGCACAGAUGACACGGAUUCGGAUGAGGACGGCAUGGCUAGCCACACCAUUCAGAAAUGGAUGCAGCUCAGCUGGACGAGCCACUGGUUGACCUUCGGCCUUUGGGUCCUGUAUCGCCUUAUUCUAUAAACACUUAGACCUACAUAGACGAGGAGAUAUUGGGAGAGGAUAGCAAUAACUGUGAUUGGAAAUUUUAUAUGACCUUACCGUAGAGGAGCCGUGGCCAUUCAUGACAUCACUGUGAACUCUGGAUGAGCGUGACUGCGGACCAGAGUCCUCAAAUCCAGGAAAAACCGCAGUACAGUUAAUAUUGAUCCACACCACUGGUUUGACAUGAACAGAACUCUACAACUACCAGGAUGUUCUGAAGCUUCCUAAAGUAGAAAAAAUCAUCAAGACCUUUUUACAAACCACAGCAAUCCACAAUAAGUGUGAAUAUUGAAUUAUUCAUAGUCAAUAUUAAUGAAUUGAUCAAGAUUUUGUUAUGACUGACUAAUAAAAAUUGUAGUUGUAGUAGGUUUUGUUUGAUGGUUUAGAACAAUUACCUUUUAGUGUGAAAAGAAUAUAAAUAUUCUCAUUGAUUGUUUCAGAAGCUCUAAAGUCAAACUACUCAAAUCAAGUUUUGUAUUGCAUCUAUUAUAUGCAUCUAUUCAGACUGUUUGUUUUUUUUUGCCACUUUCAUAUGGAAAAUCAACUAAUGCUAAUGCUUUUCCACUAAAGCACACAUUCUGCGAUUCACAAUCAGAUUAUGUCCAUUACGGUUCUCAUGUGCAACAAACAUGCCAAGUGACUUCUUUUAGUCAUAAGUUCAUCCUCAUAGGGCUCUGAAUGAACAAGUGAUAAAGUUCACAUCCUCUUUAUUGUAUGAGUUGUUUAAAUGGUGACAGUAAGUCUCUGGGUGAGUUUGAAACCCUUUGAGACACUCGAAUACUGAGACAGUAUUAGCAGUGUUUGAUAGUUUCUUAUAUUUAAACUUUUUAAAAAUGUAAAUUAUUUACGGCAACAAGAAACGGGAAAAGGAAAAGUAUAAAGUGUGUUUUUGUUUGUGUAUUUUAAUCUUUUAUUAUUAUUGCUAUUUGGUAGUGAAUAGAGUAUUGACAUCAUCAAAACAUUGAAUUAGAUGGAUUGUUUUAUGGAUGGUGUGUUUAUAUAUUAGUGCCAAACAGAACAAUAAUAAUUAAUAGCCGAUGAAUGAAUGAACACAUUUUCCAUUGAAUUACACUGUUGUUAAUCCCUAUACUUUUAUUAGUGAAUAUUAAAUAAAGAGUUUAAAUUACA